CCGGCCGGCUAGAGGUAUUCGAUAUUUCCUAUAUAAACCCGUCACCACACCCUUUGUUCCCCACAUAUUUGCGUACCUCUCUCUGCUCUCUCUCUCUCUCGCUUGCUCGCUCGCUCAGACCCUUCACAUAGAGAGCCUCUAUUCAUCUCUCUCUCUAAAAUUCCUCUUUAGAUUCAGGCACUCCCUUAGAGGCGCCGCAGUGCAUUUUGAACUCUUUUUAGCCUGUUUGUCUGGGGAUAAUUUUGCCUUCCCUCCCUCAUAUUGGCAUGUCAUGUGCAUUUUUUGUUAAAAAGGAAACUAGAAGAGCACCUGUUCAACCUGUUUGGGUACGAAGUUCGGAUUGUAUGCAUUUACAUAUGAGAUGGGUUCUCGAGGAAGGCUAUUAUUUGAUCUCAAUGAACCCCCUGUCGAGGAUAAUGAGAGUGAUGGUGUCUUCUCUUUCCAGCCACAAAAGACCCAUCCAUCUAUGAAUCCCAACACUGCUGAUCUCGUUACUGCAUCAACUACUCCCCAGAGAAUAAUAAACAAUCAUGCUUUUUCACAUGCAUCAUCUUUAUCUGGCUUUCAGCCUUUCAUUCGCCCCAAACCUGGUCAUGGCCCUGAAAUGGGCGCUGAGUAUACAAGGGCUGGGGAUCAGAAUCCCAAUAGUACCUCAUUGUCUAAGUCAAGUAAUGAUGAGGAGAUGCAAGCCUCACCAUCAUUAGUUCCGGGCUCCGCAGAAGCUCCAUCGGUUGAAAGAGAAGAAGGUGAAUGGUCUGAUGCUGAGGGCUCUGCUGAUGCAUAUGGAAACAGUAGUUUGAGUGAACUGGGUAAAGCUUCACAAGAGCAAGGGACAUCGGAAGUGAGGGACUGUUUUGCUUCUGGUGUAGCUGUAGACAAUAUCUCUUCUGCUGUCAAAAUUUCUCAAAGUGUCAAGGAUGAAAAUAGUAGUCAUACUUCUUUAGAAUUGGAUCCAGAUCCCAAUGAUCAGAAAAGCCAUAGUAGCCGAAAUUCAGAAAGCAAUGCAUCCUUAGAUGGGCAUGAGGAACCUGGCUUGGUCCCAAAACAAAGAGAAGUUAAAGGUAUUGAAGCGAGCCAUGCACUUAAAUGUGCAAAUAUUCUUGGAAAGAGGAAGAUAGACCAGAAAAAGGUAGAAAUGCUAGGCAAGAAACGUAGCAGGCAGACUAUGUUUCUUAAUUUGGAAGAUGUCAAGCAAGCUGGACCUAUAAAAACAUCAACACCAAGAAGGCAGGCGUUUCCACCUCCUAUUACCACUCGUACUGUGAAAGAGGUUCGUACUACUCCUCCAUCUUCUGAGCGUAUUGGAGAAAAGCAGAGUCAACUAAUGACGAGGGAUCAGAAACAAGUUGACAUACCAUGUAACGAAGGAGGCACCUCUCUGGAAACUACUGAACCUAAAUCUGAAUGUAAUGGUGAUAUGAAUUCUGGACUACUAGGUAGGCCUAGGAGGCUAAAUGGUGACACUGAUCUUUCUGCAGAGGUAUCACUGCCACCUAUUCCAAGACAGAGUUCGUGGAAGCAGCCCACAGAUUCGAGGCAAAUGAAGAAUUUGCAGGUCUCAAACAGGAAGCCAACUCUGAUCAGUCAAAACUCCAUGGACCCCAAAUUGGGAAACAAGAAAUACCUUCUACCCAAGAAGCAAACUACUAAUAGUACCCAAUACCAGGACACAUCCGUCGAGCGCCUUAUAAGGGAGGUUACAAAUGAAAAGUUUUGGCAUCAUCCAGAGGACACUGAGCUCCAAUGUGUUCCCGGUCGAUUUGAAUCUGUAGAAGAGUAUGUUAGAGUAUUUGAGCCUUUGCUUUUUGAGGAAUGCCGGGCACAGCUUUAUAGCACGUGGGAGGAGUUAAUUGAAACAAUUUCAAGGGAUACUACACAUGUGAUGGUCCGUGUAAAGAGCAUCGAAAGGCGAGAAAGAGGAUGGUAUGAUGUGAUAGUCCUUCCAAUGAAUGAGUGCAAGUGGACAUUUAAGGAGGGUGAUGUUGCGGUUCUUUCAUCACCCAGGCCUGGACCAGUUAGAGCUAAGCGGAGCAACACCUCAUUAAAUGAAGAUGAUGGUGAGCCUGAGAUCAGUGGACAUGUGGCUGGUACUGUCAGGCGACACAUACCUAUUGAUACACGAGAUCCUCCUGGGGCAAUCCUUCAUUUUUAUGUUGGCGAUUCAUAUGAACCUAACAGCAUGGUUGAUGAUGAUCAUAUUCUGAGAAAGCUUCAGCCCAAGGGCAUCUGGUAUCUAACUGUGCUUGGUUCUCUUGCAACAACACAGCGAGAGUACAUUGCAUUGCAUGCAUUUCGUCGUCUCAAUUCUCAGAUGCAAACUGCGAUUCUUCAGCCUAGUCCUGAACACUUCCCAAAAUAUGAGCAGCAGUCCCCUGCCAUGCCAGAAUGCUUCACGCAGAACUUUGUUGAUCAUCUGCAUAGGACAUUCAAUGGACCUCAGCUAGGAGCAAUUCAAUGGGCUGCAAUGCAUACAGCUGCGGGUACAACUAGUGGGAUGACGAAGACAUGGCCCUUUACUCUCGUUCAGGGACCUCCAGGAACAGGUAAGACACAUACAGUCUGGGGAAUGCUAAAUGUCAUCCAUCUGGUCCAGUAUCAGCACUACUACACUUCUUUGCUUAAGAAACUAGCCCCUGAAAGCUAUAAACAAGCCAAUGAGAGCAAUUCUGACAAUGUUCCUAUGGGAUCAAUUGAUGAGGUCCUUCAAAACAUGGACCAGAAUCUCUUCCGAACGCUUCCAAAACUCUGUCCAAAGCCUAGAAUGUUAGUUUGUGCUCCUUCAAAUGCUGCAACUGAUGAGCUUCUUGCUCGUGUCCUUGAUCGUGGAUUCAUUGAUGGCGAGAUGAAAGUUUAUCGGCCUGAUGUCGCUCGCGUUGGGGUUGAUUCACAAACUCGUGCUGCCCAGGCAGUUUCUGUUGAACGGAGAACUGAACAGCUUUUGGUCAAGAGUCGUGACGAAGUUUUAGGAUGGAUGCACCAGUUAAGAGGCCGUGAAGCUCAGUUCUCUCAGCAGAUAGCUUGUCUUCAAAGAGAACUAAAUGUUGCUGCUGCUGCUGUUCGUUCCCAAGGUUCUGUUGGUGUUGACCCCGACGUUCUUGUGGCCAGGGACCAGAAUCGGGACGCAUUGCUGCAGAACCUUGCAGCAGUGGUUGAAGGCAGGGAUAAAAUUCUAGUUGAGAUGUCUCGCCUACUUAUUUUAGAGGGUAGGUUUCGUGCUGGUAGCAACUUUAAUUUGGAAGAAGCCCGUGCUAAUCUUGAGGCAAGUUUUGCAAAUGAAGCUGAGAUUGUUUUCACUACUGUCUCGAGUAGUGGUCGCAAGUUAUUCUCUCGUCUGAGUCAUGGUUUUGAUAUGGUAGUCAUUGAUGAAGCAGCCCAAGCCAGUGAAGUGGCAAUCCUUCCUCCUCUUUCACUUGGUGCAGCACGGUGUGUUCUAGUGGGGGAUCCCCAGCAGCUCCCUGCAACAGUUAUCAGCAAGGCAGCUGGAACCUUGUUAUACAGUAGGAGCCUCUUUGAAAGGUUCCAGCAAGCAGGAUGUCCCACGAUGUUGUUAUCUGUGCAGUAUCGGAUGCAUCCUGACAUCCGAGAUUUCCCGUCUAGGUACUUUUACCAAGGACGCCUUACUGACAGUGAAAGCAUUGCUAAUUUACCUGAUGAGAUUUACUACAAGGACCCCUUGCUUAGACCUUACAUAUUCUAUGAUAUUACACAUGGACGGGAGUCUCACAGAGGUGGAUCCGUCUCUUAUCAGAACACACACGAAGCACAGUUUUGUCUUCGCUUGUAUGAGCAUCUUCAUAAAACUUUGAAAACUUUGGGUAUGGGAAAAAUCUCUGUUGGCAUAAUCACACCAUACAAGCUCCAAUUAAAAUGCCUUCAACGGGAGUUUGAGGAUGUCUUAAUUUCAGAAGAAGGGAAGGAUCUGUACAUCAAUACUGUAGAUGCUUUUCAAGGCCAAGAACGUGAUGUUAUUAUCAUGUCUUGUGUGCGUGCAUCAAGUCAUGGAGUUGGCUUUGUUGCAGAUAUCCGCCGAAUGAAUGUUGCUCUUACUCGUGCAAGAAGGGCUCUUUGGGUUAUGGGGAAUGCUAAUGCUUUGAUGCAAUCUGAUGAUUGGGCUGCGCUGAUUUCUGACGCCAGAGCCAGGAAAUGUUAUGCCGACAUGGAUUCUCUCCCUAAGGAUUUUCUCAUACCUAAGGGACCUGCCUACACCCCAUUGCCAGGCAAGGUCUCCUCCAAUAUGAGGGGGCUGCGGUCAGCUGGGCAUAAUAGACAUAGACCACCAGAUAUGCACUUGGAGUCCAGGUCAGGGACACCAUCAGAAGAUGAUGAGAAGUCGGGUGCGUUGAUAACUUCUAGGAAUGGGAAUUACCGUCCCUUAAAGCCACCAAUGGAGAAUUCUUUGGACGAUUUUGAUCAAUUGGGUGAUAAAUCUAGAGAUGCCUGGCGAUAUGGCAUACAGAAGAAACAAAGUUCUGCUGGGCCUGUGGGGAAGAGAGAUAUCUAGCUGUUGAUUGUUGUCUGCAAAUCUCUUGGUGCCUCAUGGGGAGCUUCAUGGUGUUAGUGUUGUGAUGCUUGAUCCCCCGUCGUCACAAAGCCCUCGGAGCAAAUCUCUGUAUCCCGAGCUUUGUGUGUCAGACAAAUUUGAUUUGCAUCAGAUUUGGGCUGAACUGUGUCUCCGAUAACUCCCAAGGAAAAAGAAGAGAGGUUUGGAAGAGACAGCAACCGACCUGUUUUUAAAGGUCGUUGUUUUUGUGCCAAGAGCUUUUUGCUUGAAUUGAUUCCUGUGAUUUCCUGCCAGGAGCUGGAUGCUUUUGGGUAGAUUGUUGAAAAUCAUAUCCUUAAUCCACCAGCUUACAUUCAGCAAAGGAAUCCAGUGGUGGUCUCCACAAACUUCAGCCUACUAGAAUCUUUUAGUUGUUUCCUUUUGAGGGUAAAUCCUUGCCUUGCCUUUGCAUUGAUGAACUGAAAUACGCGGGAGUGAGAAGCUUCCUGUUAUGGCCAUGCCCCAUUAUCGCUUGCUUCUUUUACGUACAGAUUACUCAUUGGCGCUUGGUACUCUCACUCUGAUAGGGUUAAUGCUUUAGUUUAGGUAGUUCACAUUUUAAAGAUGCUAUGUACAUUCUUUGGACGUGCAAAUGCAUUAGGAUGACAUCUCAAUUGGUAUGUACAAUUUUGAAGCCUUUUUUAAUCUCCUUCCUUGUAAUUGUGUGAAGGGGAAGUAAAAUGUCAUACCUGCUCUGCCUCCGGUGGAAAUGCUCAAGUUCUGUACAGAAAUGGAAGGAAAGCACAAGAUUUAUUUUCUUAUUUUGGAGGCAUUUGUGGUGUCAAAUGACUUGUACAUUUGUCCAUUACUUGUUCAACCAUAGAAAAUUCUUUUUGAUGCGUUAUCUUAAAUUUCUUUAGAUUUACAAUCCAAGUAAAUAAGAAAAUUUUUGUCGUGCUUUUUCUUGCUGAGGA